GCUGCGCUGUGCUGCGCUCGCCGCUCUUGCCGCGGGGUGGGUCGCAGAGCACCCGGCCGUAAGGGGAGGAAGCGGCUGCGGCGGCCCUCGGGAGGGACGGUGAGAGCCCGGCAGCAUGAAGUUCCAGUACAAGGAAGACCACCCGUUCGAGUACAGGAAAAAAGAAGGGGAGAAAAUCAGGAAGAAAUAUCCCGACAGAGUCCCUGUAAUUGUGGAAAAAGCACCAAAAGCCAGAGUACCCGAUCUAGACAAAAGGAAGUAUCUUGUGCCUUCUGACCUCACAGUUGGCCAAUUCUACUUCUUAAUCCGAAAGCGGAUCCACCUGAGGCCAGAAGAUGCCCUAUUCUUCUUUGUCAAUAAUACCAUCCCUCCCACCAGUGCUACCAUGGGCCAGCUGUAUGAGGAUAACCAUGAAGAGGACUAUUUUCUCUAUGUGGCCUACAGUGAUGAGAGCGUCUAUGGCAAAUGAGCACCAGCACCUCAGGCAUGCAGGCGAGAUGGACUGAUGGAAUGGAUUUGGAGGGGGAGUGUUGGAGAGGCAGAAGGAGGAUGCCUGAGAAGAGGGGAAGAGAACUGGAAGUGAAACACAUGCACAAUGCCAUCACCUACCAUGCAUUAAUAAUAACCUUUUAUUUUUUAAAUUGAGGGGAGGGAGGGAUGGGGGGACAGUGUAUGAAAGGGUGAACUGAAAGGCUAACAAGGGGUUCUGCACUGAGGGAUGGGGGGACGCCACUGUUCAUAGUUAUUCUCUUGCCAUAGCUGAAAGUAGUUAGCCAGUAUUGGAGGCUGAUAGACAAGCCAGUGUGGUGGAGCUCCAGGAGGAUGACUGGGCAGAAAGGCCAUAUUUGUGUAACCCUUUCAUUGGAUGAAGGCAUGCCAUAUAUUGUACACUGACCUUGUCACGCCUUGCCCAUGGCACAGGCUUCACUCCUGUGAGCAUUCAGUGAGCUGUUAAAUACUUCACUUUGCCCACACAAGGCUGUCCUGUGCUGACAGUCUGCACUCCUACAGCUACCUGUGAAGUGUUCCAAGAGCAUUGUAUUUCCCAUAAUUUCUCUCAGUAUUAGAAAGGCUGACUCUGAGGGCUGGGAACUCAUCAGCUGUGAGAUGUGAAGGUUGGGGAAAAGAAGGAUUCCUCCCACCCCCCCCCCCCCCCCUUUGUUGCUUUAAUUGAAAGUGCUGGAGAGAAAAAUUAGAGAAGACAUUUUCAUUCCUACCUAGUGAAGUCAACUGAUAAACUUGUAAGCACAGGGCUAGAAAGCACCUCAAGAGAAUGACUAGCCUACUCCAGCUCUGCGACAGGACUGAGUAAACCAAACAUGUCCACCAUAGCUGCUUGUCAAACUUGUUCUUAGUGAGCUUCACUGAGGUGGAUCCUGGAAGCUGCUGAAUUUGUUCAGUUCCUAGCUAGCCUACAAGUGAGAGAGCUUUUCUUGCUACCUAAUUUUAGUCUCCCUUGCUGUGUAUUAAGGUAACUAACUACUAAUGGUCUUGUUAUUGGUGAACACAGGAAAUUACUAUCAGUGUUGUUCUUGCACCAGUCUUCUGCAGAUUUGAAGAUGGCAGAAGUCCUGUGGGUUUAGCCUUCCAUGUCUCAUCCUUGUACAGUCCUUGCACCACGUGCGCAAGCAGAAGAAAUCAGUCGCUUCCACAAGUUUUGGUGGAUUUUUGUGAUUCGAUGACAGUACCACUCUUUCCAACAGGAGAGGUGCUUUUAGACUUGAAGGGGAAUAGACUCUCUGUGGAUUUUUUUUUUUUAAUUAUUUUAAGCCAGCGUUGUUCUUAGAAGGGUGACAGAUCCUGUCCUGUGCAAGCCUUAUGCUGUCAUGCCAAAGCAGUUUCUUCCCAAUGGCACAAACAUCAGAUUUUCCCAUAACUGCCAUAACUCUGAUGAAGGAAUGGGGGUUGGGGAGUGAGCUGACUUUCACGAAAACUAGGGGGGUUUAUCUAAAAAUCAGAGAACUGGAUCUGAAUUACUGUAAUCAUUCCUACAAUUGAGAGGGACCAAGAGGGAGGAAAAGACAAGAAGGAUGAAGAAGACAGGCAGAUUCCAAAAUAAGUCAAAGGUGUUUGCUCUCCUUACAUGAAGUUAGAUCCCAGUUCUCUGUGUUCCUCAGGAAUGAGAAAUCACAAAGAGUGCUCCUUGAUUGUGGAAGACAGGAAAUCAGGUUUCAGCCUUCUCUGUUGUUCCACAGAGGUGCAUGAGACAGGAGAGCAGGCUGGGAGCAUAAAGUGGGAGUUAGCUGGCAGAACAGUGUGAAGGUCAGGGAAGGCAGCAUGGUGGGGCUGGAGGGUCACUACCUGUGUGGUAUGGGAAAUAGUAGAAGAAUGGGAGAGAAGGGGGGACCACAAAGGAGGUAGACAGAGUAGUCAUAAUGAGCAGACAGAAAAUUGGGAAAUAAAGGAUGAAAUGUGUGGGUUAGCAUCCCCAGUUUUGCCUCCUGAACUUCAGGUUUGCUGUUCCAUCAUCUGGAAUAAAUGGAUUUGGAUGCAUUGUACCUUCUGCCAACUUGGCAUAACUUCAGUUUCUGCCUGCAGUACUCAGUCCUCUCUUUUUAGACCACUCUCCUCCAAUUACCAGGCUCUUUUCACAUCCUUUGGAUGCAAAUCCGAACCAGUCUCUUGUUUUAGGAAGCUCUGACUGUUCUGAAGCAAAAAACAGACCCAGGAGGCUUUCCAGGGUAGAAAACAAGAUGCAGGCAGAUGGUGUGCAUGUCUCUGCCGCUGUCACACUUGCUCACAUGCGUGCUGCCAAGCACAUAGUUGUGUGUUGUCUCAAAGCUUAAGGGAGAAGUGUUGGCAUUUGGGGUGCUUGGUUUUGAGUUCAGACCUCUCCUCCUGUCCUGCUGCUGGGUUUAUACAUGACAUGUGUGGGACUAAUCUCAGCCGUUUGUUACACGUAGAGUUUACAGUUUGAUUUAGUUACAUUACAGUUCUUUUAACUGGAUUGUGGCAUCUACUUCUGUUUUUGUGCUAGUCUGAUAUUGUACAAGGUAAUGAUGGUAAUUCUUUUUUGUGUUGGUUAGCUGCAGGUUCUUGUAAACUAAAGUUCAUACUACUUGAGCUAAGUCAACCAAUCAAUAAAGAUGCAUUUGAAAAUCA